AUGAUAGACGUCAACCAGCGGGGUGGGAUAGGAUGUUUCAGAAACCUAUCGAUAGACGAGCAGGAAAAAACGAAGCCGAUUCCUCUCGUUCAUCUACCCAUCGAACUCUGGGAAAAAGUGUUUGAUCUUCUGGCAGAGGAUGGUCGACUCCAUGCCCUAACGCAUUGCGCGCUCACCUGCAAGGCAUGGACUGCUAGGUGCCGGUGGCAUCUGUCUCGACAUAUUAUUCUCCGAGAUAAGAAGCAAGCCCAUCGAGUCGUGAAAGCAAUACAGAGUCGUCAUUCGAGGGUGAAUGCAAGCGAAGCUGUAACACUAACACAGCCGUUCGCAUUCAGCACUGGAAGGAAGCUGCCGCAGGUAGACUCCCUCACCAUUGGCGAUAAUGCAAUUGAUCUUGGUUCGGUUUGGCAUGCGAACUCGAUGCAUGUGGACGCCUUCACUCACUUUAGAGUGACAUUUGAGUCCCUCACCCGCCUGACACUGGUCAAGGUCGAGUUUCCAUCUGCAAUUGUUUUCGGACGGUUAAUUUGUUCCUUUCCCCAUCUCACCAGCCUUACGUGCCAUUCGCUGAAGCUCAAAACCACAGCUUUCGUUCAAGGUCGUGUCCUUCCACCCAACGGCUUCGCGCUCACCCGUGUUGACCUCCACAAUGCCGACGACGUCGUCGAAUUUCUGGUUGUCUCUUUGAUCAGCGCUGCUUUCCAGCACGUCAGAUGGGUUGACCCCCGAUGUCUCGUCGUUGAUCCAACUCGGAACGUGUCAACCAAUGGUCUACAGCGGCUUCUGCGCUCCGCAGGGACAUCCCUCCGCGCGGUCGAUCUCACAUACGGACUUCUAUCCGACGGAGACGCAAAAGGGCAAUUACAGCUUGCGGAACUGGAUCUUAAGACUAACGUCGGACUCGAAGCGAUCUCCCUCGCCAUAUAUCAACCACGCGCUGACGUAGAUGUGUGGACCGAAUCGUGGAGUCAGCUAUAUAUAGUCAUGUCUACCGGUGUCUCAGCGCUGAAGCUGCGCCAAGUAACAAUCAGCUUUGUGUCAGGCAUGGUAUAUGCGAGACCCGACAAUCUAUGGCAACACCGAUUGCAGGAGUUGCAGGCAAUGCCUGACCUUGUUUAUGCGAAAUUCGAUCAACUGUUCUCUAAAUCCGACUUUCCUCGUCUGAAAAUGGUCUUAUUCAGAGUACACGAACAUGAUGGCUACCGUCUGCGUCUGCGACGGUCGGCCAUGGAGGAUGUGCCACACGAAGAUCAAUGGCGACACGCUCUUGCAUGUCGGUUUCCGACGCUUGUCCGACGUGACUUGCUUCGCACCUCUGUCACAAUGGGCGACAGCUACAUGGAGAGAAAGCUUGCUCACCGACGGAAUGCUCAUGGCAAUGCGGAGGAUGACAGAUAG